CACUUCUUCUUCUUCUUCUUCUAUUACUACUACUUCUACGGCUUUACUACUACUUCUCAUUUCAGUACUGCAACAUACCUUUGCUGGCUUGAUUUGUAUUUGAAAAUCCGAUAUAAUAGCAAAAGCAGAGAGAGAAAGAAAGAACAAAAUAUAUAAAAAAAAAUAUAAUAUAUAAAAAAAUCAAAACACACCAAACUUUUCCUUUUUUUGUUUUUUUUUGUUUCUUUUUCUUUAAUAAUAAUAAACACCAAACACUCAUUGUUUCAUCAUGAGCAUGACGCAUGCAGAAUUGACACUGGAAGACCAGACCUCCACCAUCCCACAGACCUCCCUUUCGACCGACUCAGCUACUCACCACACCUCACUCCCAGAUGAACAGUCUCUAAAGGAGUUGCAACAAGGAGAGCAGAAAUUCACAGACUCCCUCAGAGAACAGCUUGACAAGGCUCGUAAAGACAAGGCAUCUUUGGAAGCCGACUUAGCCUUACGCGCAAAAGCUUUUCAGGCUACCUUGGACAGACUUCAAUCAGGCUCACAGACCGAUACAAUCUCAAAGAUUGAUAUUUUGAUGGAUAUUCAAGAUUUGGAUGUUCUGCGGGAAGAAACCACAAAGUUGCACAAGACAUGCGUGGCACAGGAGGCGCGCAUCAAAAAACUUGAGUUUGAACUUGAAAUGGAGCAAGGACACGUCAAUAUCCUCAGACACGACAACCAGCUCUUACGACAAAUGACUGUAGAUAUGACUGCAUUGGCAGAACAAGAAGAAGAAUAUAUUUCAAAUAAGCUACUGAAACGUAUCUCUGGGUUAAAGAAAGAAAAAGGAGAAUUAUUGGUUCAGGUUGAACAAGAAGAAGAAUAUUUGACAAACAUGCUCCAAAAGAAACUUUCUCAGCUCCAGAAAGAGAAAAUUGACCUCGAAAAUGCACUAGAACAGGAGCAGGAGUACAUUGUCAAUAAACUUCAGAAACAGCUCGAUUCACUCCGAAUGCAACAAACCUUGUCUCAGUCACCUUCACGCAAUUCCUCUUAUGGACUCGCAGAUCUGGCCAAUCCAGGAUCUUUACCAAUGAGUCCGGCUAUCACUGGUGCAGGUACUUCACCAUCCCUCAAUGCUAAGAAAUGGAUCCCUCACUCACCCGGUGCUCUCGGAGAAGCACCUCCGACAGGCCUUAUUGAAGUCCUAAAGGCGGAGGUCGGUGUUCUUAAGAGUAAAGCGGUUGAAAUGGAGAGAGAAUAUAUGGCAAAAUAUCAACAGUGCAACAAGUACAAGAGUGAAUUAAUUCAACUUCGUAAAGAGAACAACCUACCUAUCGAUGACAUCCCAGCAGAUGAAGGAAUCCCUCCCGUCUUUCGCUCAGUACCUCCUUCCCCUGGAAGACAUGUUAGGGCUAAUCGAUCGACCUCCACCUCUUCUCAGCGUUCAUUGACAUCUGAAAAGACGUCUGGUUAUUUUAAUAGCCCAAUCCCUCCCCUCCAGCUCGACAAUAGCGCAUCUUCCUCGACUAUCGGAUCCAUCUUACACGCUAAUGACCAUUCAGUUUCGUCGCAUAGCUCCGUAUCACCGCAAGCUAUCCCUGAUCACGCUAUCAAUCGAUCUAGAUCAGGUUCAAUCAACUCAUUGUCUAGUAGCCUUUCUAGAAGAGAUCCUUCCAGACGCAUUUCAGGUGGGCUUUUUGGCAUUCAUUCGCCUCCACCCCAGCACCCUCCUCACCCUUAAAGAUUGUCUAUAUCUAUAUACAUAGUCUUCUUCUUCACUAUCUUUCUCUCCUUUCUUUCUUUUCUUUCAUUCAUUCUUUUCUUUCAUUCUUUCUUUCUUUUCUUUCUUUCUUCAAUGUCAGAAAAAAAUAUCAUCUUUCACAUCAUCUCCUUCUUCUUUCCUACCCAAAUCCCUUUUCGCUCCCCCAUCCCUUUCACCCCUUUUUACUCGAUGCACAGUCUUUAAUUAAUUAUGAAAAGAAAUAAUAAU